AUGGAAUGGCCGAGGCGGUCUAAGAGGAAGCAAAGGGGAAAAGACGCUGUAGGUAGGGAGGCCAAGAAGAAUAGACUGGAGGCACCGAUUCAGCAGGGCCUUCCGGGAACAUCGGUACCCCUCCUAGAUCCGGACGUCGACUUGCUAAUUGGAGAUGGGAAAACCUUAUCCGCUGACGUGUGGCUUCGUGGUGAUGCCAUAGCCCAUUCGACACCCUUAGCACUGCACGUCGAAGAUGCCGUGCCGAUGGAGGAGUAUGUGGGCCAACGGAGCCAGACUGUGCUUAUGCCAACAUCGAGAAUGUCGCCUCUAACGCUAACGGGGAACCUGUCCACUCUGGAUAGCACUGGCUUGACCUCCAUUAGUCCCUUGAGCUUUUUCGAAUCAGUUUUGUCGGAAACCAGCCAGGCUAAUCCGGGCCUCCACCCAGAUGAAUGGUUGAUGAGUGGGGAAGCGGAGGUUGUGGAGGAGGCAUUGGGUCUUAUAAAUCCCAACACGACACCUGCGCUGUUAGGUAGUAGCGAUGAAACACAGGAAGGGGCAGAAUAUCGAGGGAAAGUAUCAGCUGGGGUCACGGAAGGCCAAGUGUAUGCAAGGGCACCUUCCAGCUAUAAAAUGCCAAAAAGUGACUCUCUCGUGGAGGCAGUUCAGGAACCAGCCGAAGUAUCGUCUUCAAUACCUUCAACUUCUACUGAUCCUGAGCACGGAGUGGAGGCAGGCGUGUUAGAAUCAUCCCUCCUUCGAAGCUUAUUGUUAUCAACUUCAUCUGGUAGCACCCCGUCUUCUUCAAGGGCUAAGACUGAAGCGGCGCUGAUGGUGGUAUCUCGACGGGCUCAUGAUGCAACUGAGACCCUCUUUGCUUCUCGUGGUUGGCUGGAAGCGAUGUUGAGGGGUGUUUCUGAUCAGCUUCUCAGAACGCAUCCGUUCCACCGUCUUCCUGAAGUAGAGCCAGAGCUUCCCAGGCAUCCCUUUAACGAAGAUAAGGCAGCAGGAUUUCGUCGUAGGAAACAAAACGUAGUCUGGCUGCUUUCGGCAUGCAGGCACCUACUGAAGAAGGAGCAGUUGACUAGCGACGAAUUGGGAGCGCUCAUGAGCUAUACGGAACGCCUGUGCGGAUAUGCAACUGGUUCCAUGCCUACCUACAGCACCUCCAAAGCUGCGAUUGACAUACUGGGAAGGGCUUUUAUGGUUCUCGAUACGCUACACUGCUUGGCAGAGGUGCUGGGAAGCAGCGCUAGGAAAGAGGAAUGGUGGCCCGCGGUAGUCCGCCAUAUAGAAAAUGCAGGGUAUCGCGGAACGUCCAAGGAAUAUGUCAUGGGGAAAACGUAUUGGAGCUCCCCUGUAGUAAAUGCUCUGAGGGUUGCACUUGACUACUACAGGGUAGGGACAAGACCUCCUCUGCGUCUUGUGGUCGGCUUAAAGCUGGCAAUGCUUCUAUCACCCAACUCUACGGGAUUCAAGGAGUCCAAAUGGGACCCUUGGAGAGAGGAUGCCUUGCAGUGGCUGCAGUCCAUCAGGCCAAGCGCACAGAUAAAUCUUAACAAGCAAACAGUCGGCAUCUGA